AUUUUUUUCUAUGCAACGAUUCUUCAAUUCAGUAAUACUGUAUGGGAGUGUUAAAUGUAUGUGUGUAUAUAAAGAGUAAAAAGAAGAUUACUUUGGAAAAAAUUAAGGCAACUUUUGCAAAGCAAAGAGAAAAUCAAGUCAAAUGGAAGAAAGAAAAUUUAUUAGAAAAAUAUAAGAACGGAACAAUAUAUCACGAUAUUUCGGAGUUGCAUAUGAUGAUUAAGCAGUCUUCCAAGGAAAGAUUGUUAUUAGAAAGGCACUUAGCCAGGGCAACAGAAGUAAAUAUACCAUUCUUUUAUUUCUUUAUACUCGGUUCAUUCGUGCGAUUCAAAGUAAAACGUAAGAUUUAAAGGCGAUUCAAGGUUAUCACGUGAUUGUUUCAGACAUUAUAUUCUUGUACGAAUUAAAACAAAAUUCUGCACAAUAUUAGCGAUAAAACCAAAAAAAUUAUUCAUUGCGACAAUUUAUGAAAUCGAAUGAAAUAAUUUUAAACUUAUUUAGUCAAAAUAUAAUCAGCGCAUACGAUUCGUGUAACCUUCUCCGAUUGGUCGAUUUCGGUUUAGCGGGUGCUAAUGCCGCUCCAUCUAGUGAACGUUUAGAGAGACUUUUUCCUCUUGUGAUCAUUCUA